AUGUUUGCGGUUCCGCUGGAAUACGACAACCUAUCGGGAUCGUUCGUCACCAAAGUGCAAGUUGGCACUCCCCCACAAACAUUCUAUGUGGUUUUGGACACUGGUUCUCCACAGCGUUGGUUGCCGUCAGCUGAAUCAAAUGAUCCUAUCGUAAAGUCGCGAAAACGGAGGUACAGAUCGAGGACGAGGAAACCCACGGAAACGAUAGUUUCUGUUAAAUAUGCGAGCAUGAGCGUUGUUGGACGGUUGGUUGAGGAUACUUUGAUUAUAGGUGGAUACACGUUUCAGGAUUUCAAGUUUCUCGAAGUAACCGAGAUGCCCCGAGCUCCAGGAAAGAAUCCAAUGUUCGAUGGCGUUUUUGGACUAGUUUUGGAUAUGACAUCGCCGGAGUUUCAUCCGACACUACUUGGUAUGAUGCAGGAGUGCGACCUGAUUGAAGAGCAUUCGGUGUCAUUCCGAUUUUGUGGGUUGCUUAAUGUGGCCGCGCUUGAAUCCAUUAUUCCCGCUCUUGAAUUCACGAUUUCUGCAGUGGAAGUUGAAACAUUCCUGUUGCAAGAUACAUUUCAACAAAGUGGCUAUUAA